AUGUUGGUGACACUCAAAACACUGCAACAACAAACAUUUCAAAUCGAAAUUGAUCCGGAUGAAACAGUGAAAGCAUUGAAACUCAAAAUCGAAGUAGAAAAGGGUAAAGACUAUGCGGCGGAUAAUCAAAAGCUUAUAUAUGCUGGGAAAAUCUUGCUCGAUGAUAAUAAACUUAAAACAUAUAAUAUAGACGAAAAGAAAUUUAUUGUUAUUAUGGUUACUAAACCCAAGACAGGUGAUGUACCACAAACGUCUACAUCUGCCCCUGCUGAUUCUGGAGAAAGUAAGUCAACAGAGAGUGGUGAUGCUAAAAAUAAAACUGUAGAGGAAGCACCUAAACCCACGCAAGAAGCGGAGCCAGCGCGCCCUAUUGAAACACCUACGGUAUCAACUGAUCCUGAUUUUGAGUCGACAGUUCAAAGUAUAAUGGAUAUGGGCUACAGUCGUCAACAAGUGGAACAAGCACUUCGGGCCUCUUUUAAUAAUAGAGAAAGAGCAGUUGAAUACUUAAUAACUGGUAUACCAGAUGAUGUUCUUCAGGACCAAUUAGAAGCGGAAGAAACUUCGGAUGAUGACCCAUUAGGCUUUCUCCGAGACCAGCCACAAUUUCAACAAAUGAGAGCAGUUAUUCAACAGAAUCCUAGUUUGUUAAAUACUGUUUUGCAACAGAUUGGUCAAUCCAACCCAGCCCUUUUACAAGCUAUAAGUCAACAUCAACAAGCUUUUGUUAGAAUGUUAAAUGAACCAGCUAACGCCCCUCCUGCAACUGUGGGAUCUGCUGCAUCAGAAGAAGUAGCUGCUUCAGACAGUCAGUUGCCACAACAGGCUCAAAAUGUUAUACAUGUCUCUCCCCAAGACAAAGAAGCUAUUGAGAGACUGAAAGCUCUUGGAUUUCCUGAAGAUAUGGUUAUUCAGGCAUACUUUGCUUGUGAAAAGAAUGAAAAUCUGGCUGCAAACUUCCUGUUAUCACAAAACUUUGAUGACUAA